ACACCCUGAUUACAUGGGUGGUGUGACCAAUGCCUACACCUUCCCUGCACAACAACCUGAUUACAUGGGUGGUAUGACCAAUGCGUGGUGGCUGUUCAUUAAGGAGCUGGGCAAAGAGCUUGUCGUGCCACUUAUGAAGAGGUGCAUGGAGAGCACACCACACCUCCAAAAGCAUAUUACAGAGGCAAUGGGAAGAUGUGGGAUCAAAAACCAAAACCCAGCCAUAGGAGGACAUCAGGCAGGAGGGACAAGUGAAGAGGAAGAGGUGCAAGAGCUGCCCAGCUGCCAAAGACAGACAAGUCAGCAGCUGGUGUUCCCAGUGCGCCAGGCCUGUCUGCAAGGAGCACAAACACAUCGUUAUCAUUUGUGAAGAAUGUUAGCACUGAGAUGGCAAUGUGUGCCGUACCCAAUUGCACUAGAGUUCAAUAUCAGUGUUAUUGGUUAUCAGUGAUAUGUGUUAUGUGUGACAAUAUUUUUUUUACUUAUUUACUCUUAUUGUUUUAUGUAUUAUUGUUUGGUCCAAAUCACUGUUAAAUUUUUUUUUCGAACAAAGAUUAUUAUUAUAGUAUGUCUUUAUGCUUAUAAUCACACUUGCAUACUUGGGUCAUUUGUGUGAAGUUGAUAUAGUAAUACAAAAACUUUAUUUUCAUAAAGUAAAUAAAACAAUGAUUUGUGAUAAUCAAAAACAAGAUAUUCAUUGAGUUCUUGUAAUAUAAUAUGAUUAAAUACAUUUAUUUCAAAAGAUAUAGCAAAGAAACACUCUGCCAUGCAUGAAAUAACAUAGGAAUUUAAUACAGGUCAUGUUUUACCCAUGUUGUGCAUUAGAAGGGGUUUGCAUAGCUUGUGCAUCAAAGGGUUAAGACAUGAAGGUCAGUCUAUCUGGGAAAAUUUCAAGAACUAUGUGCAGUUGGAAAAACCAUGAAGGAACACGAUGAAACUGUCUCUCAUGAGGACCAUGACAGGAAAUUAAGACUGCUGCCAAGAAGUCAAUUAGUGUUACCAGCCUCAGAGAUCGCCAAUCAACUGCACCUCAGAUUGCAGCCAAAAUAAAAACUUCACAUUGUUCAAAAAACAGACAAAUAUUAAUAUCAACUGAGGAGACUGUGUGAAUCAGGCCUUCAUGGUUGAAUUGAUGCAUAGAAACCACUGAUAAAGGACACCAAUAAAAAGAUAACACGAAAAUAACACGAAAAAUAGACAUUAGACAGGUGGAAAUCUGGAAAUCUUUGGUCCAAAUUUGGUUCCAACUGCCAUGUCUUUGUGAUAUGAAUAGUCUCCACAUGUGAAUUUCCAUAGAUUUCAAAGUUUUGAUGUCUUCUCUAUUAUUCAACGAUGUGGAAAUUAGGCUCUUCUUCUCCAAACAGUAUCUCUCUAGAUCCAUGAGAUCCUUUGGUCUGCUCUAAUGGACUUCCCCCUUCAUUUAAAACCACAGAUUUUCAAUGGGAUUCAGGUAACGAGACUGAGAUGGCCAUUGCAAUAUGUUGAUUUUGUGGUCAAGUAACCAAUUCUUUGUGGAUUUCGGUAUGUGGUUGCCUGGGGUGAAUGUCUUUUUAGAAGAUCCACUUGCAACCAUGUUUCAGCCUAUUGGCCAGAGCAAGUAGGUUUUAGGCUAUAAUAUCCAUGUGUUUCUAGAGUUCAUAAUGUUGUUGACCGUAAGAAGGGCCCAGGAUCGGUGGAAAAGCCCCAUAAUAUCAAAGCCCCAGCGCCAUAUUUGACAGUUGUUAUGAGGUCCAUUUUCUGAUUAUGCAACCUUGUUUUGACGUCAAGCCCACUGGUGGUGUACGUGGCCAAAGAGCUCUAGUUCUAGUCCAAGUGCCAAUGCUGUUUAGCAAACCCCUGCUGCUUACAUUUGUUGGUUGCCUUUUGUUGAUUUGGAGACUUGGUGACCUUAAUAAGACAUAACCCUGGUUCUGUAUCUCUCCAGCUGUGGCUGUAAGAUGAUUUUCUUUGACCCAAACAUCUCCCUCACAGCAUUGUGGGAAGCAUGGCACCUCUUCCAAUGGGUCUGGUAAUCCCGCAGGUCAUCCGUAGAUUAAGCAUAAUGCCAUAACAGGAAGGCCGGUUGGAAGGAGAACCAUGCCACGUUUAUGAGUGAACUAAAGAACCUGCAGGCAUCUGGACUGACCACUCUAGGUCACGCACUUCGCGCGGCCUUUGACCUCCUCAACCUUAAUCGCCUUGUUUCCGGCAUCGACAACUAUGGACAGGGCCGUAACCCGUUCUUCCUGGAGCCAUCGGUAAUCAUCACCAUCACGGAUGGGAACAAGCUGACGCACACCUCUGGGGUGCCGGAUGAGCUCCACCUACCCUUGAACUCUCCCCUGCCUGGCAGUGAGCUGACCAAAGAGCCCUUUCGAUGGGACCAGCGUCUUUUUGCUCUGGUGCUGCGUCUCCCUGGGGCAGCUGUGCCGGACAGCGAGCAGCUGGGCAGCGUCCCCACCGACGAGUCUGCCAUUACCCAGAUGUGUGAGGUCACUGGAGGACGGUCAUACUGUGUCCGGACACAGAGAAUGCUGAACCAGUGUCUGGAGUCUCUGGUCCAGAAAGUUCUGAGUGGUGUUGUCAUUAACUUUGAAAAGACAGGGCCAGAUCCGCCUCUGGUAGGCGAAGAUGGUGUGGUUGACCCGAGCCGCCCGGUAGUGUCCUUCAGCCCACAGCCCUGGCACAGCUGCCACAAGCUCAUCUAUGUGCGACCCAACCCCAAGACAGGGGUGCCCGUAGGCCACUGGCCCAUCCCUGAGUCCUUCUGGCCGGACCAGAACUCCCCCACUCUGCCUCCUCGCUCUGCCCACCCUAUGGUUCGUUUCACCUGUGUGGACUGUGAGCCCAUGGUGAUUGACAAGCUGCCCUUUGACAAGUACGAACUGGAGCCCUCACCACUCACCCAGUACAUCCUGGAACGGAAGUCUCCACACAUGUGCUGGCAGGUGUUUGUGAACAGUAGUGGGAAACCUAGUGACCUAGCCCAGCCGUUUGGCUACCUAAAGGCCAGCACCACACUCACCUGUGUCAACCUCUUUGUCAUGCCUUACAACUACCCUGUUCUUUUGCCACUUCUUGACGAUCUGUUUAAAGUGCACAAAUUAAAGCCAAACCUAAAGUGGCGGCAGGCCUUUGAGAUUUACCUGAAGACCAUGCCUCCUUACUUUCUCCUGCCAUUAAAGAAGGCACUGAGGAUGAUGGGAGCACCCAACCUUAUCUCUGACAACAUGGACUGUGGCCUCAGCUACAGCGUCAUCUCCUACCUAAAGAAGCUCAGCCAGCAGGCGAAGAUUGAGUCGGAUCGCCUGAUUGUGUCUGUAGGGAAGAAGGCUCCCCAGGAGACCGGGAUAAAGGUGAAAAACCACUCCAACACGCUGUCCCUGGCCCACCGCCAAGACUUCAAGCAGCUGCUGAAGGGCAUCAGCGGGGAGAUGCCCCUCCGUCUGACUGACAUCAACUUCAAGGAGUUUUCUGGCUUUCAGAUUGCUCUGCUCAACAAGGAUCUGAAGCCCCAGGCGUAUCGGAAUGCCUAUGACAUCCCCAGGCGGAACCUUCUGGAUCAGCUGACAAGGAUGCGCUCCAACCUUCUGAGGACCACUCAGAAACUUAUCAGAGGACAGGACGAAGACUACCUUCACAGUAUACCGGUGGCUCAGAUGGGCAACUACCAGGAGUACCUUAAGAUGAUGCCGUCUCCCCUGAGAGAGAUCGACCCUGACCAACCCAAACGCUUGCACACUUUUGGCAACCCCUUCAAACAGGACAAGAAGGGGAUGAUGAUUGAUGAGGCAGAUGAGUUUGUAACGGGUCCCCAAAGCAAGAAGAGAGGGGUUACGGGGGACCCCAACUCGGGAGCUGCUCUGAAGAGAAGGCGGAGCAUGUCCCCUUUAUUGCGUCGGCCCCAGACUCCGCCAAUUAUCACUAAUCAUGUGGUGGGGAAGGGGUCCAAUGGAAAUGGGGCCCAGAGCAAUUCUGGCCUCAUAAAGCCCAUCCCUCUGCACAAAGGAGCAGAGGGGAACAGCGUGCUGGGAACAGAGAGUAACGGGGAGGGAGGUCUGGGGUCUGAAUCAGGCGACAGCUGGCCCGGAGGGGUGGUGGAUGGUGUGGGAGGGGCCGCAGAGGCACUUAUCCUGGAGGAGAGGGAGAGGCCAGGGGUGUGUUUGGGGGUGGGAGACAGUGGGGUUGACACUGGUAUGGAGGAGGAGAGGUUAGGGGAGGAUGGACUGGACGAGCGGCCCCCCUCAGAGAGACAGGAGCAGAACUGUGAGGGGGGGCUGAGCCCACCAGUCCAGGAGGGAGAGCUGGAUGGAGAUGGCGCUGAUCCACCUGAACCACUGGCCAUCACCAUAGCCCCGCUAGAUGGCAGCAAUGCUGAGCUGCGCACACGGGUCAUCAAGGAGGUCCGCAAACCUGGCCGCAACUAUGAGACCAUAUUCAGGCUUUUGGAGGAAGUGAAGGGGCCCGUGACAGUCCAGAGAUACUUCAUCCAUCACGCCAUCAAGGAGGCUGCCAGGUUUAAGAAGCGUGUGCUGAUCCAGCAGUUGGAGACAGCCCUGGAGGAGAUUGAAGAUAAGGAGUUGCAACUGCCUGACCAUGGCAGAUAGUGAAGAAGAGGACAGCAGGGAUCACUGCUCAGAAACACAAAGACAUGGAGAGGAACGUGGUACCCUCCUUCAAAAGACAUAGAGAGGGACAGGGUACUCUCCUUCAAAAGACAUAGAGAGGGACAGGGUACUCUCCUUCAAAAGACAUAGAGAGGGACAGGGUACUCUCCUUCAAAAGACAUAGAGAGGGACAGGGUACUCUCCUUCAAAAGACAUAGAGAGGGACAGGGUACUCUCCUCCAAAAUACAUAGAGAGGGACAGGGUACUCUCCUCCAAAAGACAUGGGAAGGGACAGGGUACUCUCCUCCAAAAGACAUGGGAAGGGACAGGGUACUCUCCUCCAAAAGACAUGGGGAGGGACAGGGUACUCUCCUUCAAAAGACAUGGGAAGGGACAGGGUACUCUCCUCCAAAAGACAUGGGGAGGGACAGGGUACUCUCCUCCAAAAGACAUGGGGAGGGACAGGGUACUCUCCUUCAAAAGACAUGGGAAGGGACAGGGUACUCUCCUCCAAAAGACAUGGGGAGGGACAGGGUACUCUCCUCCAAAAGACAUGGGGAGGGACAGGGUACUCUCCUCCAAAAGACAUGGGAAGGGACAGGGUACUCUCCUCCAAAAGACAUGGGAAGGGACAGGGUACUCUGCUUCAAAAGACAUGGGGAGGGACAGGGUACUCUGCUUCAAAAGACAUGGGGACGGACAGGGUACUCUCCUCCAAAAGACAUGACUGACACAUGGGCCAACGCCAGCCUGUAGUAGGAAUGGAGGAAGCACUAAAGAAGACAUCUCUCCUCACAAAGAGGGCUGAGGUAUCUCCCUGUCCUUGUGACAUGUUAUUGUGCGUCUACUGCACUCACACAUGGAGAUUGAUUCAGGAGGGAUGAGGGUUGGACUAGAUCUGUGAGGAUGAGGGUUAGACCAGAAAUGUGAGGAUGAGGGUUGGCCCAGACAUAUGUGAGGAUGAGGGUUGGCCCAGACAUAUGUGAGGAUGAGGGUUGGCCCAGACAUAUGUGAGGAUGAGGGUUGGCCCAGACAUAUGUGUGGAUGAGUUAAUAGGCUCUGAAUGUAAUCUCACCAUUAAUAACUGAUUCUGACCAUAUGGCCAAGUCAGUCUGUCUACACACGCUCAGUACUGUUACAUGCACACAAAAAUGCAAUUAGUGAAUAGUCCCAUUAAUGUAAUGGUUUGUUACUCACUUUGCAAAAAGGAUUUUACUCAUAAUCCUUCUUACAUGGACCAAUCUAAAAUGGGCAUCUAAAGGGAAUUUUAUAAAUAAAGAAAAUAGCUAAUAAAAUUACAAAACUUUCUAUAACAGCGAUGGUGUUAUUUUAAGGAAGCGUAAUUGAUUCAGAGUUCACCUUAAACAAUUUGUAUGUGAAGACAACUUCUAAGAUACAGUCAAAAGUGUUUUAAAUUUCACUUGCGCCAACAGAGAGGUUUCCUUAAAAUGGAGAUGGGACAUGCGCAGGUCAACUGCUAUGAUCAAGGUAAUUUACAGGUCCGGUUCUAGGCAUAAGCGACAAGCGGUUGCUUAGGACCCCAGACCGCUAGGGGGCCUCUGACUGCUAUGGAGCCCCGGACUGAUAGGGGAGAGGGGGCUACAAUAAAAUGUUCCUUUGUGCUCCUAAAGGCUAGAGCCAGCACAGGUUAUUUACAACUGCGUUUUCAAAAAAUCUGGAAUGUUGCAUAAAAUGCAAAGAAAAACAGAAUGCAAUGAUGUGCAUAUCAUUUAUCCCUAUAUUUAGUUGAAAAUAG